AUGAACCAAGAUAGUACAGGGUCGGGAUCCGAACAUGCCAACCAUUCCGAUAUCAGCGUUGAGAAGGAGGCUGAUAGAAUAGACGAGAAAAAAGAAAAGCGCUCAGAAUCGCCUGAACAAGAUGAGAGAGAAAUGAAGAAAGGAGACCUUGAUGAAUGCGAAGAAGAGAUCGUGGCAACGAUUGGUAUGCGACAAGAGUAUUUCCCCGAUUGGUUGGAAAUUGUACAACCAGAACAAGAGAAAACAGGAGUCGCUAUUGAAGAUAUUCUUGAGACUCCAACAAAGCAAUUGGAGACAGACGAACCAGUCCCAAAGGAUGAAGUGCUUGUUGAAGAGGAGGAGAUCGAGGCUAAGGAACGUCCGCCUGUGGUCCGUGAGAUACACGUACCCGAUCAUUUUGAUUAAAGACUUAUAAGGUACAGUUAUAGAGUAAUAUUUGCCAUUUGAUCAUUAAUAAGUGGGGAAUGUAAGAAUAAAGAACUUGAGACACUAAGCUGUCCCGAACGUUUCCUUCGCUUUUUUUUCGAGGUAGACGCACCAUAAGGUAGAGGCAAGACAUAACAUACACUCGCCCCCUUCGUGUCAUAACAAAGUUGCUGCGACUAUUUCAAAUUAGUUGCCUAGGGGUGAAUGGCUAGUCGCCAAUAUUUACCAAUCCAGAGGCCAAAUAAUCCGAGGCUUAAAUAUGAUUUUGGAGCCAGCGAGCACCUUGAAGCUAAGGUUUAAAGCAAAUUCUUGAGUUAAUGUAAACACUAACUAGCAACUUGUAAAUCUAACAUUAUUUUAAUCAAUAAAGUUUGUGGUUGCCCGUGCUAUUGUUAUUGUAAGUUAGUUUUCUAUCAAGAAUUCUGCCUUCAAAAGAGACAGCACUUUCAUUUACAUUUUCACAAUAAUAUUGGUAAAAUCUUCGACACCACACCGACUGUACAUUUAUCACAUCGAUGUAUAUUGAUCGCGCUACGCGUAGAGAAUCACUUCUAAAUUAUACUAACAUACACCUUGGGGAGAAGAAUACUUCUGUGGAACAACUUCGCAGAAGUCUCAAAUAUUAAGAUGAAAGGUUUACACGUCGUGUUGCGGGAAUAGAUUCGUAUGCUACCAGGGGUGGACCCCGGCAGAGAGUUGCGGGACAAAAAUACCCCACCAUCCCCACCCCUCCUUUCUUCUACCACUUUACCGACUUUACUUUCGGUUCAUAGAUACACGCUUAAAGCGACUGAGUAGACAGGGGGGGGGGCGCGCCCCUCCACUACCACUCUCCCAAUUCUUGUCCAUGUCUUAAAAGCGCGCCCACCUAAGAAAGAAUGUAUGAGAGCGACUAAAAUUCGGCCUGAUCUCAGAUGGUUAUUGUAACAAUUUUCAGUAUAUGGUGAAAACACAAAAAAGGCAAACAAACAAUCUUAAUAUCGCGUUGAGACUGUUUGUUUCACUUUUGUUUGAUAUCAUUAAUAUUGAUCAUCAUUUUAGAAGGCACCAAAAAAUACACACAUGCGCACACAAUACAUCUUACUGGCUUCGGGCUAUCCUUGCCCAUUUUAGAGGCCUUUUGAAAUUGGUCAAAUUUAAAUGCGAAUCCACCUUUUACUUCCAUCGUUGAGAGAGGUCAAGGAGCUAAUUACAUAAACCGGGUUGGCUCGCUUUGCCAAGAUAGUAGCACGUUAAUUAAACGCAGCAAGACUCCACUUUGUGAUUACAAGACAACCCUGCCCGGUUAGUUGGAAUCCAAAUAACGUGAUGGCUUGAUAUCAAGAUGAACAUUAGAGUGGUUUUCGUUUGAGUGUCGUAAAACCAAAACCAAAGUAAUUACUCUGGCCAAUCACAUAGGACACAGACAAUACAUUGAACCAAUCAAAACUCGAAGUAAUUACAUGUGGCUGACGCAAAGCGCGGGAAAAUGCAUGCGAGCGCGUCACAAUUGGCUUUGGUUUUACUUCUGAUUGGAUGAAAAGGUGGCGCGAAUCUUUUAAGCCAAUCGCAUCGUGUAGAAAGUGCAAAACCAAUUACUUUUCGACACUCAAAUGAAAACCGCUCUAACGCCUCCUCCGCAAAAUGAGUCAGCAGGACUCACGUAAUCAACACCCAAAUCUCCAGAGAAGACCACGUGAUCUACAAUGGUAAAUUAGCACAUGAAGUGAAUAAAAGGUCUUCUAGUUAAAAAAGCGACGUCAGAAUCCAAGCACGGUGGACGACAGCAUUGAGAAUAUAGCCGCGAAAAUGGAAAAGAAAGAAGAUUGCGAUGAAUGCAAUGAAGAGAUUGCGGUAACGAAAGUCAUCAAACAAGACUAUUUCCCCGAGUGGCUGGAAACUUCACAACAAGAGCCAGAGAAACUGGGAAUACCUAUCGAAGAUACCCUGAAGACUCCCUGUAGGAAAGUUGAGAACGCAUCAGUACCGCGUGAUGAGAUGAUCGUCGAAGAGAACAUCGAGGCCGUGGAACGUCAGCCCCAGAACUAUUGCGAGCUACUAGACUUCAGUCUUUUCGAAGACCAAAACUGA